AACAGAGGAAAGAAGACUCCUGGCGGCGCCACUUCAAUCUCAAAGACUCAAACCAUGCUUCCUUCUCAGUUCGCUGGUUAGUCCUUUCUUUCUUGCUUCCCUCCUUGCCUCUCCCUCGAGUUCGAAACUGAAAUCCGGCCUGUUUAAUUCUUGAUUUUGUACGGAUGGCCUUGGGGUUUCCGGACCAAGAAGCAGAAGCCGCAGUUCUAGGUACUGGCGGAAACCUUUCAGAGUGGUAACUUGUAGCUUAUUUUGCAAAACCCAUGUUGAAUAUUAUUCCAUGGUUUCCUGAAUAUUAUUCCAUGGUUUCCUAAAAGAAGUUGUGCUGAAAGCUUUUGCUCCACAACCAGAAUCGUGAUGUGCUUCUCAUUUGGGUACAGUCUGACUUCAUAACUUCAUUUGUGUCUACCAAAUUACCAAUAAACCAAGCCUCUCUUUUAUUAAUAUCAAGCAUCAGCACAAUCUCUGCACAUUUCUCCAGCCUUCUCUUCUCCAGUUUGUUUGUGGUGAGAGGCUCUACUGCCAUAGCCGAAGCACCGUGUUUCUCUGUGAACUCUUGAUCAUUACCUCUGAGGACUCAUAUUCAUGGUUAUGUUAUCGAACUUGGUUUAAGUAACGAUGUUUUCACCCAAAAAAAUCUGAUCAGAAUGUACUCAAAAGGUGGCCGCUUGCCUGAUGAAUGUAAGGUGUUUGAUGACAUGCCUCAGAGAAAUAUGGUUUCUUGGGCUUUGCUCAUAUCUGGUGCUGUUCAGGGGUGCGAAACUGAAUUGGGAUUAGAGACGUGAUUGGAUAUGGCAAGAUGAGUUUGUUCUUGGUAGUGUUAUGAAGAGGUGUACUUCUAUGGAAGCUGGAAUUUUUGGUGUGUCUAUUCAUUGUUGGGACUUGGGUGCUAGUUCGGCAAUUCAACUUUGAGUUUCUCUGUAAAAUGGAGGAAACUGAAGCUGCAGAUAGAGUUUUCAAGUAUAUGGAGAAAGUAGAUGUCGGUUGUUGGAAUUCUAUCCUCGGUGGAUAUGCCCACGUGGGGUUUGACGUUGAAGCUCUGAGCAUUGCAUCCUCAAUGUGAUGUCAAGGACUAAAGUUUGACAAAUAUACCUUUGUCAGCUCUCUUCAAGGAAGUUAAGUGGAGUCAGAUUUGCAUUUUUGGAGGCAGAUUCAUGGACUGAUUCUCAGAACUGAAGAAGUUAUAGUAUGUCUGUAAGAAUGCUCUUAUGGACAUGUACACCAAGAAUGCCAGGGUAGAUUGUGCAAUGGAAGUUUUUGGGAAAAUGGUUGAUAGGUAUAUUUUCACAUGGAAUACUGCAUUUGGUUGCCUUACUCAUACCAAGGGUUCGAAGAAAGUCGUGAACUUCUUUCCCAAUUUUAUGUUAAGCAGCAUAAGUCCCAAUCAUAUUACAUUCUCAUUGCUAUUUAGGCUAUGUGGGGAGCUAGUGGAUGAUGUGAUUCUUGGUCUUCAGUUUUGUCCUCUUGCAGUCCACUUUAGAUUCUUUCAUGAAGUAAACGUAACAUCUUCUCUUGUUAAGCAGCAUAAGUCCCACAUGUCUGUCAGAAAAUAGUUCAACUUAUUCAUGGAGAUCAAAUCUGGAUUUGCUUCUCAUGGGAACUGUUGCAGCUCUCUAGUCUAAGGCUGUGCUAAACUGCGUAUGUUUCCUGAUUCUUCCUUCUUCUUUUUACGCAGUGGCAGAAGAAUUGAUUUAGCUUCUUGGGGUACCAUGUUAUUCGCAUUGUUAAAUCAAGGCCAUGAACAAUAAGCCGUCAGAUUUUGAAAUCUCUACUAGAAACUGGUGGGAGACCUGAUGAAUUUAUUCUGGGUAGUAUUCUUGGCAGUUGGUGGCAGUAGCGGCGGUUAUUUUAGGAUCAAAGCUGGCCAACCUGUUGUCACCAAAUUAAGUUACGAUGAAGACACAUUUGUUGCUAGUGCAAUGCUAGACGGCAAUGCAAAAUGUGGAGACAUCACAAGUGCAAGAACUGUUUUUUAUCAAUCACCAAGAUUCCAUGAUGUCGUCCUAUACAAUGCUAUGAUCAUAUGUUAUGCCCAUCAUGGUCUAGGCUUAGAAGCUCUAGAUAUGUUUGGGGAGAUGAAGGAAGUCGAUCUCCAGCCCAACCAAGCUAAGUUCGUGUCGAUCAUAUCCGCAGUGGUCAUUUGGUGGUAUAGUCUACGAAGGAUGCCUUUUGUUUGAAUCAAUGAUGUCAGAACAGGGUCUGGAACCUUCCCUGAUAAUUAUGGUUGCUUGGUGGACAUGAUUUUCCAAAAUGGGCACCUUGAAGAUGCUAAGAGGAUAUUCGAACCAAUGCAGUUUCCUCCAUGGCCUCCUAUCUUGGGAUCUCUGCUGAGGGGUUGCAGGACAUACGGACACAAGGUGGUGGUAUAAUGGGCAGCUGCAAAGUUGAUUCGUUUGGUUCCCAUGAAUGAUGCUUACUUAUGCGCUGAGGUUUAAGGUUCAUUCUGAGAGUGGUAACUGGGAAGUUGUAGUGAGUAUCAGCGGACCUAUCUCUGAGAUGGACCUCGGAAAGACUGCGUGACAGAGUUGGAUUGAGGUCAACCAAGGGUAGCUGCUGAUGCAAGUAAAACUAUGGGGAACUUGGAAAUGGUCAUUGAUUAAUAGAUUACUGAGCGGUUUAUGGUGCAGUGGAAGAGUCACUUUGAACCUCUACGCUGAAGAUUUUCUUUAGCUCUGCAGCGAUGUUGUGGUCCAUAAACCGUUUUGAAACUAUUGGCAACAGGAAUGGACUAGCACUUUCCAAGUACAGGGCUAGAGGGAAAGCGGAGAGUAGUUUGGUCUGUGCUACUUUUCUAUGUCACUGGAGAUUACUUACAUGAGAAGGUGUUCAAACAGUUGAUUGACAAAGAUACAAGGUUAGUGGUUGAGCUUUUCCUUUUCUUGAUGAAAAGUGCUUUUCCUUGAAUAAACAAAUAAAUAAUCAUCCAAACGUGAGCAAAGAAGCUUUAUUUCCCCUUCAUCCUUUAUUUAAUGUGGAGGAAUAAUUAGGACAAUUUUACUCAAUAAACCACUUAAAUAUUC